AUGAAUUGCGAUCUAAAUCCGAAUGUGAUGGAUCUGCCGAGAUCACGGGACUGCAGCCAGCGAAUGAUGGAAAACAACGACAAUCGAAUGCUGAAGCCGCAGCACCACUACGACACCUCCAUGUUCCACUUCCUAUCGAACGAGAACCAGGACAACUCACCGUUCGUUAUCCUGCCGAAGAAUGAUUAUGAGUCCAUCAAGAAGGAGCUGACGACAGUGAAACAGUCUCUCAGUGACUUCAAGAACCUGGUAACGUUCGAGAUCCAACAGUUGAAACAGGACAACACCGAGUUAAUGAAGCAAGUCGAAAAGUGCAAAUGUGAUCAACAGCAGGCUGAAUUGCUAAAGAAUAAAAAUAACAACAACAAUAAUAACAAUAGUAAUACCAACAACAACAAUAGCAGCAACAACAACAGCAUGUGGAACAUGGAAAAUGGUUGGGAGAACACGAAACCAAUGUUUUCCGGGGUGCCCAUGAUGAAUGAUGUCAACAACUUAUGCAGUCCCAUCACAUCGACUCCGGAUCGUUGUCGAGUCAGUGGUGAAAUCACUGACAUUAAUGCUUCCGGUCUACUUGGAAUGCCUAAAAUUGAGUCCAUACCUCCACCAGACAACAAACUCGUCCAGCUGCUACCCAAUUAUGACAUUUUCGUCAACAAAUUGAACUUACAAAUCGUAGUGAACGAGGGACUGUCCCACAAGGACAAUGGGGCCCUGUACGUACUCAGAAGGCUGAUCCCAUUGGUGUUCACAUGGGAGGAACUUGCAUUUUCGAGGGGGCAGGGACUGAACUGCAAGUCCACCGAAGAUGUCUCCAACAAAUUCCCACUGGAUCCCACAAAAGUUCUUGCUUGCAAAGCAUACAUGAGGAAGUUCUGCUUAGAAUCGGGCUGCUUGGAGCCCCCGGAGCGAGCUAUCAAUCAAACGUUCUCCCACCAAGUCAACUAUGCCAGGCGACGCAUCAGGGACGCCAAGGAACCGAAGAUUCCCUCUAUGAAGAAGCAGCAGAAAAGAGGUAGGAAACCAAAGAUUCGUCUGCAGGGCAUUUGUCCAUUCAAACAAGCAAUGGAGUUCACAAGAUACAAAAUGAGAUAA